CGGAGAAUAUUGUUGAUCAUGCUCUUGCCUGUCUGAAUUCUCUCUCUCUCUCUCUCUCUCUCUCUCUCUCUCACACACACACACACACAAACACACAGAGUGUUCAGCCAUGGGUAGAACUCCUUGCUGUGACAAGACUAAAGUGAAAAAAGGACCAUGGUCUCCUGAAGAAGAUGCUACUCUCAAGAAUUACCUUCAGAAAUAUGGCACUGGUGGCAAUUGGAUUGCUUUGCCUCGCAAAGCUGGUCUCAAGCGCUGUGGCAAGAGUUGUCGUCUGAGAUGGCUCAAUUACCUUAGGCCAGACAUCAAACAUGGAGGCUUCACUGAAGAGGAAGACAACACCAUUUGUGACCUCUAUAACAAAUUAGGCAGCAGAUGGUCUGUCAUAGCUUCUCAAUUGCAAGGAAGAACAGACAAUGAUGUGAAGAACCAUUGGAACACCAAAUUGAAGAAAAAACAAUUGGCAGCUAAAAUGGACAAUUAUACCCUUCUUGGCUCAAGUUCAACACCACUGGUGCCCAAAAUUGAACCAUAUGGUCUCUGUUUCUCAGCAAUGCCAACCCAAAGUGGUCCAACUAUGCCUGCACUCACUCACAUUGGCGAUGGACCAAAUGUCGACAUGGUUCACAACCCUAUUCACUUCCCGGUUCUAGACCUCCCGGAACUGUCCCAAUUCAAUGCCACUGCACAGAACAGUUUUGGCGUGGACAACAGUGAUGUGUCAUGGCUCGGAAAUGGCGCGUUUUCGACGGAUUUUGGCCUCAUGACUGGAAUGUCACAUGACCUUGUCAAUGGCAUGUGGGCUCAAGAGACAAUCAGCGAAGUUGGAGCUCUAUCUGCAUAUGCUGACAUGAAAGCACAAGGAAUGUGUCAACAAAGUGUUUCUAACAAGUACUGAAAUUGAGGGUGACAUAAAUGUAAAUCAAAUUAAAUCAAGUGGUUAAAUGAAAACUCUGAAAUUAAGUAGUUGUCUUUUAUAUAUUAUACAUAUGAUGUUUAACUCAGAUUUCAGUUUAGUGCAUGAAGGUUAUAUAAAUUUCAGA